AUGGCUACUGUCGUUUUAGGCGCCCAAUGGGGUGACGAGGGCAAGGGCAAGAUUGUCGAUGUCAUUGCGCAAGACGGCAUCCAGCUGUGCUGUCGCGCGCAGGGCGGACACAAUGCGGGACACACCAUCGUGAAGAACAAGACCACCUUUGACGUCCAUAUCCUGCCUUCCGGCGUCCUCACCGACGGCUGCAUCAACCUCGUCGGCUCUGGCUGCGUCGUUUACGUUCCCGGCUUCUUCAAAGAAAUCGAGACACUGGAAGCGCAUGGAAUCAACACCAAGGAUCGCAUCCUGGUCAGCGAUCGCUGCCAUGUCGAUCUCGACCUGCACACGAAGGUGGAUGGGCUGGAAGAGGUAGAACUUGGAAAGGGCAACAUUGGCACCACCAAGAAGGGCAUCGGCCCAACAUACUCCACCAAGGCUACGCGCAGUGGUAUCCGCAUGGCGGACAUCUUCAGUAAGACACUGUUUGAUGAGAAGCUGCGUCACUUGGCCAGUGGAUUCAAGAAGCGCUACGGAGAUCUUCUGCAAUACGAUGCCGAGGAAGAAAUCGCGCGCUUCGACCAGUAUCGCGAGACCUUGAAGCCAUAUGUGGUCGACCAGGUCCCUCUGAUCGAGUCGGCUGUUAAGGGUAACGUCAAGAUGCUUGUAGAAGGAAGCCAGGCGCUCAUGCUGGACAUCGACAAUGGCACCUAUCCAUUCGUGACGUCUUCAAGUACGGGUCUUGGCGGUGUUUUCACUGGACUCCACAUUAGCCCGCGGAACAUCAAGGAGACCAUCGGCGUGGUGAAAGCGUACACGACCCGUGUGGGCUCUGGACCUUUCCCAUCAGAGCAGCUGAACGAGUACGGCGAGCGCCUGCAAAAUGUUGGCAAAGAGUACGGUGUCACGACCGGGCGCAAGAGACGUUGUGGGUGGCUCGACCUUGUCGUGGUCAAGUACUCCAACUCGAUCAACUGGUACGAUGCGAUCAACCUUACCAAGCUCGACAUCCUGGACGAUUUCGAGGAGAUCAAGGUUGCAACGGAAUACCACCACAACGGCCAGGCGCUCGCCUCUUUCCCCGCGGACCUGGCUGUUUUGGAGAACAUUGAUGUCAAGUACGAGACUCUUCCCGGGUGGAAGGCCAACACGGUCGGCAUGAGAAAGUGGGAUGAUCUGCCAGAGAAUGCGCGCAAGUACAUCAAGUUCAUUGAGGACUAUGUGGGUGUACGAAUUAAGUAUAUCGGCACCGGACCAGGUAACGAUAACAUGAUCGUUCGGUAG